CCAACACUCUCUCUCUUAUGCCAUUCUCUCCCUAAUCUCAAACUGAAACCCCAUGUCAGAUAGCUGCAAUUCUCGCCACUUUUCAUGGCUUAUGAAAUCUUGCUACCCCAACCCAAACGACAACUCCUCCACUGUCGUUUACGCCGUCGCCCCAAAAUCCUCAUCUUCCAUUACCAACAAUAACAACAACUGCCUCUCUUCCAAUAUCUCUUCACUCCCAGACGACAUCCUCAUCGAUUGCCUCUCUCGUGUCCCACCCUCUUCCAUACCCAAUCUCUCCCUCGUCUGCCGCCGCUGGACUCGUCUCCUCCUCUCCCCUAUCUUCUCCGAUCUCCGCCGCAAUCACGGCCUUCUCCGCCACACCCUCUUCGCUCUCUCCGCCGCCGACUCCGCCCUCUUCGCUGCCACCUUACGUUUUCACCCAGACCAAACCGACAAUAACAACACUGAAAGCCCAUGGAAAGUUUCAGCUUUUCUCCCCGAUAACGUAGUUUCGACUCUUGGUAACCAAGGAUUCCCCUCCCACGCGCGCCUCUCCGCCGUUGGACCGAGAAUCUACAUCGUCGGUCGGAAUGCGACUCUACGUUACGACACGUGGACUGGUACGGUCACUGCCAGGUCUCCGAUGAUGAUCUCGCGGAAGAAAUUCGCCGCUGCGGCUGUCUCGGGUAAGAUCUACGUCGCUGGUGGUGGUCCGAGAACGACGGCUGUGGAAGAGUACGAUCCCGAUGAAGAUAAGUGGCGCGUGGUUGCUCACUCGUCCAGGAGCCGUUACGGAUGCAUUGGGGCAUCGGUUGAUGGAGUUUUCUACGUGAUUGGGGGUUUGAAAUUGGGCGCAUCGGGAAACGAUCAAUUACGCGCCGCUUCUAUUGAAGCUCACGUCUAUGCUAGUUCCAUGGAUUUAUACGAUGUGGAAGCGCGUGCGUGGCUCAGAAGCCGAGCCGUUCCUGGAGGCGGCUGCGUUGUAGCGGCUUGCGCUGCAGCAGGACAUAUCUACGUACUCGCCAGCCACGCCGUGGAGCUCACGUUUUGGAGAUUCGACGCACGCCGAAAAGCCGUAGCCGGUUCAGGCGGUGGUUUCGGCGAGUGGUGUAGGAUAAAGUGUCCGCCAUUGCCAGCGCAGAUUAGUGUGGACAGCACAGUGAGGUUCUGCUGCGCCGGGGUCGGAGACAAGGUUGUGUUGGUUCAGGUCUCCGGCUGCAUCGAUGACCUGCUGAGGAGGAGUGGACGGGGUGGCCGUGGAAUGAAGGAGGGGUUGGUAUUGGUGUACGAUACCGUUGCCGGAGAAUGGAGGAGGGCUGCGGAUCUGCCGGAAAUUGUUCGACGCGCUUCCUGCGUUUGUGUAGAGUGCUAAAAUGCGCAUGUAGUGAACGGAGCAGACAACUAUGAUAACCCGUUGCUUGGAAGCUUUGGUGCUUGCAAUUUCUGGAAAGUGAGGAUGAUACGCCGUCGUUUUUUAGAAAUUAUUUACACAGAAUAUAAUUAUUAUUUUGACCAAUUUUUAGGGUCAUCUGUUAUUAAAUUUUUAAUUUGAAAUGUCAUUGUCCACCAACAAGUUGAAUUAUUGUUUUUUUUUUCUUU